AUGGCCGAGAGCCUUCGGUCGCGUUUGGCGGUGGCCACGCCCGGUGCAGAUCCGCGCCGCACCGGACAUUUCGCAAUCUAUGGUCUCAGGCUGCGGCAUGCACCUCGUGCGUCUGUUCAAGCGUCGAGCGCGGCUGAAGCAAUGAACGAGUCGCCAGCAGGAGCAGCAGCAGAAGAGAUGCAGGCUCCGGAUUUCCGUGGCGGCUUCUCUGCUGGCUUGACAGCGCGUCUUCGCAUGCACGUUGCGCUUGCAGGCGAUUCGUCGGCGAGAAUGGCGAAAAGAUGGAAACAACGGCCAGCGUCUGCACCUCGAAUGGCGAAUUCGCUUCAUUUCCUUCUCCUGCAGACAGCCUUGCCCACCGGCUUCGCUCUGGAUCGGCUCGAUCGUGCUCGCCCGGGUCAAGCCUUUUCCAGUAUCGAUGUGAGCGAGAGUGCAGCUUUCGAGAAGUGCGCCGGCGGUCUCUCUGUAGCUCUACGAGGAAGUCAUUUAGCAUUCUGUCGAGUUGACGAGUACGACAUGUCCCAAGAGUUGUCUUUCGACCUCCUGGCGCGGCAGUACGGUGUCGACUUGGGAGAAAGCACGUAUGGUGUUCAGCCGUAUCAAAACAGCAGCCAAGGGUUCACGCCGAGGUAUGCCCAGGCCGACGCUUCCACGCGACUAGCAUCUUUCCGGUGGCAAGCAUGCGAGAACCCCGCUCCAAGCCCUCCACUCAGACAGCCGCCUAUUUAUCUCGAUGAUGGCCAGCUGCUAGCUCGUCAUUUUGACUUUGAGAGAGCUGAAGCCGCUGGACUGCUGGCGCCGUCCGUCCAGCACGUGCCAUCUGCAGCACCGCCGAUGCCGACGACUCUAGCCCUUCCUCCUUUUCCUCCUGCGAGUUCGGGAAGCGACGUUCACACGUACGGAGCUAGACAGGAGCAGCCUCGACAGCUGCCAUCUAGCAAGGCAGACGACAUUUUCGUUGAGCCAGAACCAGGGGUGCUGGAGGCCGGAGACAAUGUUGUUCUCUCGGCCCCAACGGGCUCGGGAAAGACCGUCGUUUUCGAGCUUGCGCUGCUUCGCAUGCUGACACGAGAUCCCGAAAGCGUCCGCGCCGUCUAUCUGGCGCCGACCAAGGCGCUCUGCUCCGAACGGACCCGAGACUGGUCGCUUCGAUUCGGAUCCGUCGGCUGUGGUGUGACCGAGCUCACGGGCGACUCGUUGCACGGCCUGCAUGUCGCUCGAAAGAGCCGCUUGAUCAUCACGACGCCCGAGAAGUGGGACAGCCUCACUCGCAAGUGGGAUGAGCAGUCGGGCAUUCUCUCCACCGUGCGUCUGGUCCUCAUCGACGAGGUCCACAUCCUGAACGAGCCACAGCGCGGCUCACGCCUCGAGGUGGUCAUCACUAGGAUCAAGUACAAGAGCAGUCAGGCACGCUUCGUCGCCGUAUCGGCGACAGUGCCAAACCUGGAAGACAUUGCUGCAUGGAUCGGGUCCAACAUCCGACACGGCCGUGCUUCUGCCUCGAUAGCAGAAACAGCCCCAGCAGAAAUCCUCAGAUUUGGCGAAGCAUAUCGACCCUGCCAGCUGGACAAGCACGUCUACGGCUAUCCCAAAGCCAAGGACGAAUUUGCCUUCCAGUCGUACCUGAACCAUAAGCUCACGGAUCUCAUCCAGACCCACGGAGCGGGACGGCCCUGCCUUGUCUUUUGCGCCACGCGUCGUUCCACCGUUCAAGCAGCAAAGGCCGUCGCCGAAGGAUCCAGACAAUUCGGCACAGGACCUGUCGAUGCUGCCCGCGCAAUCACCGGUGAUCCGUCGGAGCACGAGGCUGGGAACUUCGACGAUCAGGACCUGCAGACGUUCUGGUCGUCACGCGUCGCUUUUCACCAUGCGGGGCUUUCGCAGAACGACAGGCGCAAGGUUGAGCGCGCCUUUCUGGCCGGCCAAGUACACAUUCUGUGCUGCACCACCACCCUGGCCACCGGGAUCAAUCUACCUGCCUACUGCGUCAUCAUACGGGGCACCAAACACUACGACGGGCAGUGGUCCGAGAUGUCGGAGCUCGACAUUAUCCAAAUGAUGGGUCGCGCCGGCCGGCCCCAGUUUGAUCGAAGCGGCGUCGCAGUCAUCAUGUGUGAGGACACGAUGCAGAACCACUACCGCGAGCUGGUCAGCGGAUCCCGCGACAUCGAAUCUGGCCUGGCUGCCAAUCUUGUGGAGCACGUCAAUGCCGAGAUCGGUCUCCGAGGCAGGACAACCGAGGCGGACAUUGAAGCAUGGAUCCGACAGAGCUUCAUGUGGAUCCGACUGCAGAAGAACCCGACCUACUACCUGGACCGGGAUGAGGGCAUCGGUCUUGACAGCGUCUCUGAGAUACUACAGCAUCUCAGCAGCAGGACGCUCACGGCGCUGGAGUCAGCGUCGCUGAUCAGCCGGACGGAAGAAUCAGGCAAGAUCGCCGCCACGGAAUACGGCGACAUCAUGUCGCGCUUCUUCUUGCGACACAAGACCAUGAUGGCGCUGAUGGCGAUGCCCGAGCACGCCAAUACGCGGGCAGUCCUCGAGGCUGUAGCAGAAGCAGAGGAGUUUGGAGACCAGAGGCUUCGACAGGCGGAGAAAGGCUUCCUCGCCGGCCUUCGAACACAUGCCGAGAUUCGGUUCCCCCCACGACAGAUUGCGGGCGUCGCUGACAAGGUGUCGUUGCUCAUCCAGGCGUCUCUUGCCGCCGUCAAUCUGUCGCAACUGCCCAAGCCUCCCCAAGGGGAGGCGAACCCGUUCUCGGACAUCAAGCGAAUCUUCCAGCAUGCUCCUCGAAUUGUCAAGGCCGCCGUAGACAUCGCCAUCUGCCGCCGGGACGGACCUGCAUGCAAAGCUGCCCUCGACCUUGCACGGUCCAUUGCUGCCCAGGCUUGGGAUGGCUCGCCCGCCAUGCUUCGGCAGAUCGACCAGAUCGGAGACCGCUCCAUCAAAGCGCUUGCCAAUGCUGGGAUCAGCACGUGGCAGACGCUGGCCAACACGUCGGCGGCUCGAGUCGAGAUGAUUCUGAACCGCAAUCCUCCGUUUGGUAACAAAGUGGUGGCGGCUGCUCAAACCGUGCCACGCAUUGGGCUGGAAGUGGUGCAGCGCUCUUCAUCGCCGUCGAAGCCGAUCCUUCCAAGCGACGCUGAAGCCAUGGAUCUCAUGGACCCGCAAGCCAGAGACAAAGAGACAUCUCGGUCUCGGAUCAAAGUGGUUCUUGACAUCGGCGUAAGGAUCGAGAAUCGCUCUACAUGCAUGCUCAAGAGCAAGACGACCAAGCUUGCCUUGAGCCUCUGCAUCCUGACGCUGACGGCGGAUGGUGACUUUGUCGACUUCCGCCGCAUGCCCAUCUAUCGCUGUACCGGAGAGAAGCGCUUCACCGUCCACGUGGAGCUGAACGACAUUCGCACGCGCAUCCUGACCUACGCUGCAUGCGAUGAGAUCGCAGGGACGACGAUGCAGACGAGCCUUUUGCCCGUGGAUAUGGCCAACGGAUCCCACCGCGUCCAGGUUGCACGUGCAGAACUGGGGCAGGGCGGCAGCUGCGCAUCCGACACCGACUCGACGAUGCAGGUCCAGGCCGGAAUCGCUCCAGUGUCCGCAGAAAGAGCUGCUGCUACACAGAAUGGUUCCAGCAGGGAUCGCAUCCAGGCUUUGGCGGACGUUGAUGGUGGACGAGAAGAGCCGGACCAUGAUGAAGAGCUCUCCGGAAAAAGAGAUUUGAACGACUCGACGGUGACGAGGAGGUAUCGUUUCCAGGAUCGCUCUGUCGAUGCUCCCUACCCCAGCCCAGCCUUGCGAGUGGGCACCUCAUCAACGCAGCGGCCCGAUGGCCCCACCAGCCCGCAAAAGAGAAAGGCGAUCGAGGCUUUGUAUGCCGAUGACGACGACUCGCUCGAUCUCUUGGGUCGGCUCGACCGUCUGUUCCCUCAACCCGAGCGCGUGCCCACGCCCGCUGGACCGAUGACAAUGACGAAAGGUGACGAGAUGGAUGCAUUGUCACCGGGAGAGUUGGAGCAUCGAGACGGCGACAAGUCUCCGAUGCAUGGCUCGCGCUCCCUCUUGGCGGGGCCGAAUGCAUCUUCCGCGCCGGCCUCAGCGGCGAGCACAAGCGAAAGACCGCCUCAAAGACGCUUUCUCAAGAUGCUUGGCAAUCCUUCCUGGCUCAGCGGCGCCGAGGCAGCAGACGGAACUGAAACGGAGGAAGCACGCCCGGCGGCUCCUGUCGGGAAGUAA